CGGGCCUGACCACGUCCAUCUGGAAUAGCGGCUGAAGAUGAAGCCAAAGACCCUGAGAAUAUCAAGGGAUGGGGGGGCGAGGAGCGAGGGCGUUGCCAUGGAAACCAGGAGAGGGGGGGGGUGCAGAGGUGUGGGGAGGGCGGUAUGCGGCGGAGGAAAGGCCAGGGGAGCUGGCCGCCCUGAGAGCGGCCGGGGCACUUAGCCACAGAGGCCGGCGGCCGCAGAAGAGGGGCGGCACCCGCUGCGGGGGCUCAAGGGCCCAGGCCUCCCCGAAUCCCGGGGGCUCUCCCUUUCUGGCUGGGAGUGGAAUGGAGUCCCUCCUACCUAGAGGUCUCAAAGCACCGACGGGAAGACUCCCGGCGAGGUGGCCGCCCCGGCUGGGCACCGCUGCCUCGGGGUGCGCCUGCCUAAAGGGGGCGGCAGGGGAGGCCACAGUUCUAGAAAGUUCCCCGCGUGUGGUGGGAUCCCAUUGGCGGGACGGCCGCGGGCAGAGCCAAUCGAGGAAUACCUCCGGCCCCGGGGCCGCCAGGGGCCGCAUUUCCUCCUUGGGCACCAGGGCUGUUGGUGGGACAGCGCGGGUGAGGGUACCAGGAUCGAGAGAGCGCGAUGAGCAAUCAUUCGACCCCGCCCUUCGACCCUCGCUUUCCCAACCAGAACCAGACCCGCAACUGCUACCAGAACUUCCUAGGUGCAGCGCUGGACCGACCAGAUCCGGGAGGGGACGUUCCCCGGGAAGAUCUGAGGGGCCCCCCGAAAAAUCCUCGCAGCCGGCAGACUUAACAAGAAGACUUUUAUUAAAAAACCAGUUGCAAACUGCCCGUCACCCAGUGUCCGCAAUCCCUGGGACCGGGGUGGGGAGGCCGAGGGCCCCGGCUGGCUGUGCUGGCCCCCGCUCCCCUCACUCCCCGGGAGGCACCGGAGCUAUAGCACCAUGAG